GGAGCUGUAAUCCUUUGAACAAUGUUACCAUGGAAACCAUAAGAGCAUCUGUCAAAUGUAAAUAUUAUGACAAAGACAAUCUGAAGAGGCGGCUCAAAGAAAUUGACUGAAAUGGAGAAACUUUGCCAGGAAGAGAAGGCAUCACUGGAAGAGAACCAAACCUGCACAAACCCAGGAGAACAUGAUGAUGAAGCCUCAGUUGGUCCCAGUGAUGGACAGCAGGUUCAGCCCAGCCAGAGGCUGCAGAAACAACACCGUUGUGACACGUGUCUGAAACAUUUCAGAAGGAAGUGGUAUCUGAAAAUUCAUCAAUGCAUUCACACUGGAGAGAAGCCCUAUCUCUGUGACCAGUGUGGAAAGGCUUUCAUUGAGAAGGGUUCUUUUAACAGCCAUCAGCGAAUCCACACUGGUGAAAAGCCUUAUAGAUGUGAUCAGUGUGAGAAGACAUUCAAAGAUUCCUCUGGGCUGAAGCAACAUCAGCGAAUCCACACUGGUGAAAAGCCUUAUAGAUGUGACCAGUGUGGAAAGGCUUUCAAUCAGAAGGGUGAUUUUAACAGCCAUCAGCGAAUCCACACUGGUGAAAAGCCUUAUAAAUGUGAUCAGUGUGAGAAGAGAUUCAAUCGUUCCUCUGGGCUGAAGCAACAUCAGCGAAUCCACACUGGUGAAAAGCCUUAUAAAUGUAAUCAGUGUGAGAAGAGAUUCAAAUGUUCCUCUGGGCUGAAGCAACAUCAGCGAAUCCACACUGGUGAAAAGCCUUAUAAAUGUGAUCAGUGUGAGAAGACAUACAAAGAUUCCUCUGGGCUGAAGCAACAUCAGCGAAACCACACUGGUGAAAAGCGCUAUCUCUGUGACCAGUGUGGAAAGGCUUUCAUUCAGAAGGGUGAUUUUUACAGACAUCAACGAAUCCACACUGGUGAAAAGCCUUUUAGAUGUGAUCAGUGUGAGAAGAGAUUCAAAGAUUCCUCAAAUCUGAAGCGUCAUCAGCGAAUCCACACUGGUGAAAAGCCUUAUAGAUGUGAUCAGUGUGAGAAGAGAUUCAAUCAAUCCUCAAGUCUGAAGUGUCAUCAGCGAAUCCACACUGGUGAAAAGCCUUUUAGAUGUGAUCAGUGUGAGAAGAGAUUCAAUCGUUCCUCAAGUCUGAAGUGUCAUCAGCGAAUCCACACUGGUGAAAAGCGCUAUCUCUGUGACCAGUGUGGAAAGGCUUUCAUUCAGAAGGGUGAUUUUAACAGCCAUCAGCGAAUCCACACUGGUGAAAAGCCUUAUAAAUGUGAUCAGUGUGAGAAGACAUUCAAAGAUUCCUCUGGGCUGAAGCAACAUCAGCGAAACCACACUGGUGAAAAGCCUUAUAGAUGUGAUCAGUGUGAGAAGAGAUUCAAUCGUUCCUCAAAUCUGAAGCGUCAUCAGCGAAUCCACACUGGUGAAAAGUCCUGAUCCACAUAAGACAGCAGCAACAUCUGGAAUGUGAGGGAAUUUCUUUCUCUCUUCCUUUCUUCUAUCGCUAUGGCGACAACAGUCGAUGCUGUCAGUAACAUUUAUAUCAAUAAUAAUAACAAGCAUGCAAACAAA